CUGCGAUUUCCAUGUUUUCGUCCUAAACAAUAUUUGUCCUGUCCUUAAUCUCCUCGAAUACCUUCGAGAGCUCUAACAUCUUAAGCAUGCUUCCUCCGCCCAGAUGACCUCCGGGCCAAUGCGCAAGCUUCCCACUACCCCCAAGUGCGCUGCUCCAGCCUCGAGAUGGGCUUCCAGUUAUCCCAACCAAGCCCAGCUUCUUCGCAGGCACAGGUCGACCGCUUCCGGUGGCGCUUCUUUGCGCCAGGUGCUGCCCAAGAGACACCUAGCACAAGUGAGGCCUGAGCCCAUAUCCGAAGUCUGGUUUACGUCCACGUCCCCCAGAACUGGCCCGGAAGACGACCUCCUUGGACCUCCUACGCCUGGCAACAAUAAUAAUGACCACAAGCCGCCGGAUGAACGCUUGAUCAGGCUAGGGAAGACGUUGCGAAUAUUGUCGCCUCUCCUCCCGGACAUCCUCACCAAGCCCCUCCCACCCGAGAUCCUGUCCCCCAACAUCUCCCUACAUCUCUUCCCCUCGACUCAUCCUCAUCUGCCGGCUGUCAAGGGCCGUGUUGCUUACCGCGCCUCUCUCUGGACUGCCCCGGUCGCCUGGGGCUGCGUCCCUAUCGUGGGUAAUGUAAAGUUGAGAAUCAUUUCGGAGAAGAUUGUGCGGACAGGAUUCUCAUAUGCCACUCCCCCAUCCGAGGACGAGCAAGAUCUCAGUGCAGAAAAACUGGUAGUGCGAUGGAAGACGGAGCCCAAAACUAACGGCAAUGGCAACGGCAGUCCCGAAGCCGCCGCAUCUACCACGACCGACUCGAACAUCAAUCGCGGGCUGUCGAAACUGCUCGGCGGAGAUAAACCCAUCUUCAACCUCAACAAAGGCGACGACUUUACAGGUCUAUUCAUUUUCACUUUUGACUCCAAGGGCAGGAUAGCAAGCCAUACUAUUGAACACGCGGAGGAGAGCAAUGGCUUCGACAAGACGAGCAAGGUGGUCACGCUGACGGACUGGUUGUUGGGCAAAGCGAAAUGGGGAAGGAACAAGGAGCAAGAACUCGUGCCCGGGUUGGCAAUGAGAGUUUGUCGGGACGAGUGGAACAUCAGGAGGGGGCUGCCCCCGAAUUCCUAGGACAGAGUCGUCGACACCCGACCUGAAAUCAUCAGGCGUUGAUGAGGGCCCGGCGAUCAAUCCAUUGCCAGCUCAUAUUCGAGCUUGCAGCUUGAUUCGUCGACUUCAUUCCUUUCAGAUGUCGAUGUUCGGAGUGCGCCUUUCGCACUCCUGUCUAAGAAAUUAACCCAAGGUGAAACAAAAGAUGUGCCUCGAGCGGCUUCGUCGAUAGCAUGGAAACAGAACACAUCCCUAAUUCGGCGCCGCUCUACUCUACUCAUCCAUAGGAUUUUAAGUUGUAACAAUUAUCAGUGUGAAGAGAAAA